GUAUGCAGUGGGCUCGACAGGGAGGGAUAGGAGUGGUAGGAAGGUAAGGGAAGGGAUAGUCAAAAACUGGGAGCAAGAAAGAGAAAACAUAGCCUUAUCUGCUUCAUGUUUUUACUACUAUGAAUACCUAAGAAAAACCCCACUAUAUCCUCACCUAUAUAAAUCCUUCAAUCCAAUCCAAUCCAAUUCAAUUUCAGUCGAAGAAGAAGAAGAAAGCAGUGAAAUUGGUUUCGAAGGAAAUGCCUCCUGCUGCUGCCUCUUUCGCCCUUACUUCUUCUACUUGCACUUCUUCUUCUUCUUCUUCCUCUUCUUUUACUUGUAUAGCUGUAAAAUUGAAUUCUAAAUUUGUCCCAAAAGUACAAUUGCCUUUUUCGCCCUUACGCCUCAAACUCCGUAAUCAACCCUCCCUCAUGAUACGAUCUGCUGUUUCUAUUGAGAAGGAAACUCCCGAGGCCGAACGCCCCCUCACAUUUCUGAGGGAAUCUGAAGGUGGCGAGGUCAGAGCCCGCUUCGAGAAGAUGAUUAGAGAAGCCCAGGACAGCGUCUGCUUUGCCAUCGAGUCUGUCGAUAAAGUGGGCAAGUUCAAGGAGGAUGUCUGGUCCAGACCUGGUGGUGGUGGCGGCAUUAGCAGGGUCUUGCAAGACGGCGCCGUUUGGGAGAAGGCUGGGGUUAAUGUCUCCGUUGUUUAUGGCGUUAUGCCCCCUGAAGCUUAUAGGGCUGCCAAGGCUGCUUCUUCCGAUCACAAGCCUGGUCCCGUUCCUUUUUUUGCUGCUGGCAUCAGCUCUGUCUUGCAUCCUAAGAAUCCUUUCGCCCCGACAUUGCACUUUAAUUAUCGUUAUUUUGAGACCGAUGCCCCUAAAGAUACUCCUGGAGCCCCUAGGCAGUGGUGGUUUGGUGGCGGGACCGAUUUGACUCCUGCUUACAUUUUCGAGGAGGAUGUAAAGCAUUUCCAUUCAACUCAGAAACAAGCCUGUGACAAAUUUGAUCCUACCUUCUAUCCUCGAUUCAAAAAGUGGUGUGAUGACUAUUUCUAUAUUAAGCAUCGAGGUGAGAGGCGAGGACUGGGGGGAAUAUUUUUUGAUGAUCUAAAUGAUUAUGAUCAAGAGAUGCUGCUUGCUUUUGCCACUGAAUGUGCAGAUUCUGUCGUGCCUGCAUACAUUCCCAUUAUAGAGAAAAGAAAGGAUAUGCCUUUUACAGAGCAUCAUAAAGCUUGGCAACAGUUACGAAGGGGACGCUAUGUAGAAUUUAAUUUGGUCUAUGAUCGAGGUACGACUUUUGGGCUGAAGACAGGAGGUCGAAUUGAAAGUAUUCUUGUUUCUCUGCCACUUACUGCACGGUGGGAAUAUGACCAUAAACCUGAAGAGGGAAGCGAAGAGUGGAAGUUGUUAGACGCUUGCAUCAAUCCAAAAGAAUGGAUUUAGUUUUCUUGCCAAUAAGCUUUUUUUUUUUUUUAAUUACUUUUUACCUCAUUUCUUGUAUCUUGUUUCUCAUAUUUGGGAUGCGCUUUUUGUAGCUGAAGUAAGAAGCUUAGUAUAAUCUACUAAUCAUGAAAGGCAAUGGGAGCUUUCUUUGUAAAACAAACUACGUCCUUUGGAUCCUCAGCUGUUUAGAUGGUUAGAAAUUCUGGCUAAUUAGUGACGAUUCCCUAGUUUUGUGAAGGUUGGAAAGGCAAGGCGAAUUCGAAUUGGAAUUUAUUGCCAGAUUUUCUAGAAUGCAUUAUGAAGCUUGAUCAUUUAUUAAGUA